CUUCCGGUGCGCCGCGAGGGCCGCCGGGACGGGUCUCCCUGGCGAUAGGUGGUGUGCAGUCGCCACUUCUGCCGAGGCCAUUAGUGCCCCGGGGCUGCGGAGUUCGUGUCCUUGCUGUCUUCUUCGGGCUCUCCGGGGCCUGAACCCCGGGGCCCUCGACUGGCUUCGGCGCGGACCUGCGGUCCUCCUCUCGCCCUUCACGACCCCGCAGCACGACUCCGAGGGGCAGCUAAGGCUGUGGCGACUCCGCGCCGUGUGCCGCCGGGCGGGGCCGCGGGGCCGGGGCUCCUCCAGCCCCCGGGAUGCGUGCGCUAGCUCUCGCCUCCACUUCUUUUCUGCCGCUGUCACGACUGGAGCCGCCUCUCGCCCACCGCGGGGAGCGCGAGUGCACAGGCCAGCACCCUCGUGGAGCCCCGCGGCCGGGUUCCUCCGGGAAUGUGAGCCGCGCUGCUCGCACGAUCCCCAGGCCAUGGAUGCAUCUUAUGAUGGUACUGAGGUAACUGUCCUGAUGGAGGAAAUUGAGGAAGCUUACUGUUAUACUUCCUCUGGGCCACCUAAGAAGAAGAAAAAGUACAAAAUACAUGGAGAAAAGGCCAAGAAACCCAGGUCUGCAUACCUCCUGUACUACUAUGACAUCUACUUGAAAGUGCAGCAGGAGCUCCCCCACCUCCCACAGUCUGAGAUUAACAAGAAGAUCAGUGAGAGUUGGAGGCUUCUCAGUGUGGCGGAGAAGAGUUACUACCUGGAGAAAGCUAAAUUAGAGAAAGAAGGUUUGGAUCCUAACUCUAAACUUUCUGCACUGACUGCUGUGGUUCCGGACAUCCCAGGUUUCCGAAAGAUCCUCCCCCGCUCAGAUUACAUCAUCAUUCCCAAGAACACCCUGCAGGAGGACCGGAACUGCUCUCAGCUAGAGCUAUGUGUGACUCAGAACCAGAUGUCCCCCAAAGGACCUACUCUUGUAUCGAACACUGUCCCAGAUACGGUAGCCAGCCAUGCAGGCAUGGCAGAGCAGUGCCUGGCUGUGGAGGCGCUGGCUGAGGAGGUAGGAGCCCUUUCUCAGCCGGGUGCCGUACAGGAGAUUGCCACCUCAGAGAUCCUUAGCCAAGAUGUGCUCCUGGAGGAAGCAUCCUUGGAGGUAGGGGAGAGCCACCAACCUUACCAGACAAGCCUGGUAAUUGAAGAGACCUUAGUAAAUGGCUCACCAGACCUCCCUACUGGAAGCCUGGCUGUACCCCACUCUCAGGUUGGGGAGAGCGUGUCAGUGGUAACAGUCAUGAGGGACUCCAGUGAGAAUAGCUCUUCUACACCAGCCACUCAGUUCAUCAUGCUGCCUCUGCCUGCUUACUCAGUUGUGGAAAACCCCUCCUCCAUCAAACUGACUACUACAUACACCCGUCGGGGCCAUGGGACAUGCACAAGCCCAGGUUGCUCCUUUACAUAUGUCACCAGGCACAAACCACCAAAGUGCCCUACUUGUGGUAACUUCCUAGGAGGAAAGUGGAUCCCAAAGGAAAAGCCAGCCAAAGUCAAAGUGGAAUUGGCUUCAGGUGUUUCAUCCAAAGGUUCUGUGGUUAAAAGAAAUCAACAGCCUGUCGCCACUGAGCAAGAUUCCUCUAAGGAAAUUGCCUCAAAACUGACUCUGGAAAAUUCAGAAGCUGUAAGCCAUCUCUUAAAUGUAGCUCCUCCAAGAGAAGUAGGUGAGGAGAAUGAAUGGGAGGAAGUGACUGUCUCCGAUGCUCAUGUUUUGGUCAAGGAAGCUCCUGGCAAUCAUGGUACAGCAGUCUCUAAGACGCCGGUGGUCAAGAGCGGUGUACAGACUGAGAUCACCCUGGGGACAACUGAGACUGACAGUCCUGGGCCAGACAUACCACCAACACCAGAGGGGACCAGCAUCUCCAAUGUAUUCCCUGCUCAUAAAAAACCACUUCCAGGAUUUGACCUGCUCACCACUGGACCCAAAGCACCAGAGCCUAAAGGAAGAGCACGAGGCAAGCCCUCAUUACUGGCUGCAGCAAGACCCAUGAGAGCAAUAUUGCCAGCUCCAGCAAAUGUGGGGCGGGGAAGCAGCAUGGGACUGCCCAGGGCCAGGCAGGCCUUUCCCCUAGAUAAGACUCCCUCUGUGAGGACUUGUGGCCUGAAGCCAAGCACAUUGAAACAGCUGGGCCAGCCAAUCCAACAGCCGUCUAGCUCUGGUGAAGUGAAGCUAUCAAGUUGCCCAGACAACAGGAUGCCUCAGGUAAAAGUUGUAGAGGUCAAGCCUGAUAUGUUUCCUCCAUAUAAAUACAGCUGUACUGUCACCUUGGAUUUGGGCCUGGCUACAUCAAGAGGACGGGGAAAGUGCAAAAAUCCCUCUUGUAGCUAUGUCUACACCAACCGCCACAAACCUCGGAUUUGUCCCAGCUGUGGUUUUAACCUUGCCAAAGACAGGACAGAGAAAACCACAAAGGCUAUCGAAGCCAGCUCACCACUCCCAGAUGUACUGAGCACCACAGAACCCCUGAGCUCAGCCCAGCGGGAGAUCCAGCGUCAGUCCACACUGCAGCUGCUGCGUAAAGUCCUGCAGAUUCCUGAGAACGAGUCAGAGCUGGCUGAGGUCUUCACUUUGAUUCACGAACUCAACAGCUCUCGACUUAUCCUGUCCAACGUGAGUGAGGAGACAGUCACCAUUGAACAGACUUCUUGGUCAAAUUAUUAUGAGUCUCCAUCCACGCAGUGCCUUCUUUGUAGCAGCCCAUUGUUCAAAGGGGGGCCAAACUCCCUGGCCGGGCCCCAGGAGUGCUGGCUACUGACAGCCAACCGGCUGCAGGUGGUGACUGCCCAGGUGAAGAUUUGCCUGAACCCUCAUUGUUUAGCCCUACACAGCUUCAUGGACAUCUACACAGGUCUCUUUAAUGUGGGGAAUAAGUUGCUAGUAAGCCUGGAUUUACUCUUUGCAAUCCGAAAUCAGAUUAAGCUGGGAGAGGACCCCAGAGUGUCCAUUAGUGUUGUGCUGAAGUCUGUCCAGGAACAAACAGAGAAGACUCUGACCUCAGAGGAGCUGAGCCAGCUACAGGAGCUGUUAUGCAAUGGCUAUUGGGCUUUUGAAUGCCUCACUGUGCGUGACUACAAUGAUAUGAUCUGUGGGAUUUGUGGUGUGGCCCCCAAAGUGGAAAUGGCUCAAAGGAAUGAAGAGAAUGUGCUGGCACUGAAGAAUGUGGAGUUUACCUGGCCUGAAUUCUUGGGCUCCAGUGAGGUGAAUGUGGAGGACUUUUGGGCCACAAUGGAGACAGAAGUGAUUGAGCAGGUGGCAUUCCCUGCCAGCAUCCCCAUCACCAAGUUUGAUGCCUCUGUUAUUGCCCCCUUCUUUCCACCACUCAUGAGAGGAGCUGUGGUCGUCAACACUGAGAAAGACAAAAACCUGGAUGUGCAGCCAGUACCUGGCAAUGGCAGUGCCUUGGUGAGGUUGCUGCAGGAAGGCACCUGCAAGCUUGAGGAACUUGGCUCCUAUGGUGGGGAGGAACUUCGACACCUACUGGAGCAAUGUGGCAUCCCCUUUGGGCCAGAAGACUCCAGGGAUCAGCUCUGCUUCUCCUUAUUGGCCCUCUAUGAAUCUGUACAGAAUGGAGCCAGAGCUAGACAGCCCCCACCCCAUCUCACAGGGGGUAAAGUCUACAAGGUGUGCCCCCAUCAGGUGGUCUGCGGCUCUAAAUACCUUGUUCGAGGCGAGAGUGCCCGUGAUCAUGUGGAUCUGCUUGCCUCCUCCCGCCACUGGCCGCCUGUGUAUGUGGUAGAUAUAGCCACACCAGUGGCCCUGUGUGCUGACCUCUGCUACCCAGAACUGACUAGCCAGAUGUGGGGGAAGAACCAGGGCUGUUUCUCUAGCCCUAUAGAGCCAGUUGUGAGUGUGUCCUGCCCUGAACUCUUGGACCAGCAUUAUUCUGUGGAUAUGACAGAGGCUGAACACUCUGUCCAGCACCCAGUCACCAAGACCGCCACACGGCGUAUUGUCCAUGCAGGCACACAGCCCAAUCCCAAUGACCUCAGUGCUGGCCACCAUUCCUUGUCCCUGUGCCCUGAGUUGGCACCCUACGCAACCAUCCUGGCCUCCUUCUCGGACAGUAAACCCAACAGUGUCCGCCAGAAGCCCAUUGCCUUUGACAAUGCCACCCACUAUUACCUCUACAAUCGCCUCAUGGACUUCCUCACCAGCCGGGAGAUUGUCAACCGGCAGAUCCAUGACAUCGUGCAGAGCUGCCAGCCUGGCGAAGUGGUCAUUCGUGAUACCCUCUACCGCCUUGGGGUUGCUCAGAUUAAGACAGAGACAGAGGAGGAUAGGGAGGAAGAGGGUGUAGCCUCAGUGGUAGAAUAAGCCAGGCCGUUAUACAGGGCCUGCACCAUCUCUCAAGCCAUAAUAUGGCCCUUGCCCAAGGCAGACCUAUCCAGGGACUUAGAGAAGCAGUCCCCUGUGGGGAGGGCCUUGGAUUGUUGGAACUGACCAAAGAGCUUCCAUUUCCUGACCACUGUGGGGGCCUCAACCUCCAGAACUUGGGAGAGGUGCCAGGAUACCUCUGCUGACCCUGAGAGAGCAUGUGGGAGACUAUGCUUAAGGAGAGGAGGAUGAGGGAAAGGCUGGGAGCUGGUUCCCUGGGCCUACUGUGGCAACCUGGGGUGGCUAAGGUAGGAACAAGAGUCCCUGUGUCAGGUGGGGAAGCUGUUGAGGCUCCCACAAGGAGAAACUGGUUCCAGCCCUAUAAUCACAUGGGCUGCUUUGCCUGUUGCCUUUGACCAGGGGCCUUGGCCUCAUUUGCUGCCAGGGUCCCUUUGGCCUCUUCAUUCUCCCCAAAGGAGGGAUGCAUUUUUCUCCAACUCUUUCUGCACCCACAACUAGGGGAAGCUGAGGAGGGAGGAACCAGUCAGUUACAGCUCUGUAUGGCACUGUCCUCUGCCCUGAGCUUUGGGGAAGAGAAUCCCCUUCCUCCUUUCUCUACCACUACUGCUGUACUCUACAUCCUUUGGGCCUUAGGACCGUCACCACAGAGGGGAUGUGGCCCAUGGUUGUGACACAACCUGGCAGCAGUAGGAAAACUCCCUUCUGUGAAGGGGAAGCAGACAGGGCCAUAAGGAAACAGCAGGACUGGCUCAAGUGCCCAUGGUCUGCUCAGGGCCCAGGAAUUGGCCGAGUGUUAUUUAAUUUAUUGAGAGGGGUGGAGUACUGGCUUCCCCCACCCCCUUUCUUCCAACAAGAAUGAAAUUUACUAAAUUAUCUGGUUUUGAUGAA